GAAGAUGCAGGGGGCAGAACCGGUGUCAACAAUGAAAGUGUCCGAGAGCGAAGGGAAGCUGGAGGGCCUGGUCACAGCGGUGACCCCGAACAAGAACAGCAGCAACAGUAGCUGUGGGGGUGGAAUCAGCGGCAGCGCCAGCGGCAGUGGUAGCAGCCGCGGCGGCUGUGCCAAAGGCUGGCAAUACAGUGACCACAUGGAAAAUGUGUAUGGCUACUUAAUGAAGUAUACCAACCUGGUCACGGGGUGGCAGUACAGGUUUUUUGUUUUAAACAACGAGGCUGGACUCUUGGAAUACUUUGUGAAUGAGCAGUCUAGAAAUCAAAAACCCAGAGGUACUUUGCAGCUCGCAGGAGCUGUAAUAUCACCCAGUGAUGAAGACUCUCACACCUUUACUGUAAAUGCUGCCAGUGGGGAACAGUAUAAACUCAGAGCCACAGAUGCUAAAGAAAGACAACAUUGGGUUAGCCGGCUUCAGAUAUGUACUCAACAUCACACUGAAGCUAUUGGAAAGAAUAAUCCUCCUCUGAAAUCACGGAGCUUCUCACUUGCAUCUAGUGGUAAUUCUCCUAUAUCUCAGAGAAGAUCAAGUCAAAAUUCCAUUUCUUUUUUUAAUGUUGGACAUUCCAAACUGCAAUCAGUGAGCAGAAGAGCUCAGUUACCUCCAGACCAUCUUGUGGAAGUCAGAGAAAUGAUGUCUCAUGCUGAAGGACAACAAAGAGACUUAAUUAAACGAAUUGAAUGCCUUCCUGCUUCUGGACAUCUUAGUUCCUUGGACCAGGAUCUUUUAAUGCUCAAAGCUACUUCCAUGGCAACUAUGAAUUGCUUAAAUGACUGCUUUCAUAUUCUACAAUUGCAGCAUGCAUCACAUCAGAAGGGUUCAUUGCCUUCAGGAACGACAAUCGAGUGGUUAGAACCAAAGAUAUCUUUAUCAAACCACUAUAAAAAUGAAGCUGACCAGCCCUUUGCAUCUGAGCAGAGUAAGCCAGUGGCAGUCCCAGAAGCGCAGUGUGUUACAGAAUCUGGACUAUUAGCAAGGGAACCUGAGGAUAUAAAUGCAGAUGAUGAGGUAGAGGACACAUGUGACAACAAGGAGGAUGAUUUAGGUGCUGUGGAAGAGCAGCGUAGCAUUAUCCUACACCUCUUGUCACAGCUCAAGCUGGGCAUGGAUUUAACAAGAGUGGUACUUCCUACAUUUAUCCUAGAGAAGCGUUCCUUGUUGGAAAUGUAUGCAGACUUUAUGUCGCAUCCAGACCUAUUUAUAGCUAUUACCAAUGGAGCCACAGCUGAGAACAGAAUGAUUCGUUUUGUUGAGUACUACCUUACCUCAUUUCAUGAAGGCCGUAAGGGAGCCAUUGCUAAGAAACCAUACAAUCCUAUCAUUGGAGAAACAUUUCAUUGUUCUUGGAAGAUGCCCAAAAGUGAGAUAACAUCUAAUGUUGCUAGCAACACCUCCAAUCAAUCUGUCACAAAUCAUGCUUCUGUAUCAGAGGAGGCUUUGAACGAGGUGGAAUCAGACUGUUAUAUAGUCAGAUUUGUUGCUGAACAGGUUUCCCAUCAUCCUCCAGUCUCAGGAUUUUAUGCAGAAUGUGCAGAGAGGAAGAUAUGUGUAAAUGCUCAUGUCUGGACUAAGAGCAAAUUCUUAGGCAUGUCAAUAGGUGUGACAAUGGUUGGAGAAGGUAUCCUCAGUCUGUUGGAACACGGAGAAGAAUAUACAUUUUCUUUGCCUUCUGCAUAUGCUCGGUCAAUUUUAACUGUACCUUGGGUAGAACUAGGUGGCAAAGUGAGUGUCAACUGUGCAAAAACUGGGUAUUCAGCCAGCAUCACUUUUCAUACUAAGCCAUUUUAUGGUGGCAAACUGCACCGGGUUACAGGUGAAGUGAAGCAUAAUACCUCCAACAGUGUGGUAUGUAGAGUGCAAGGGGAAUGGAACAGUGUUCUUGAAUUUACCUAUAGUAAUGGAGAGACAAAGUAUGUGGACUUGACUAAAUUGGCAGUGACGAAGAAAAGAGUAAGACCAUUGGAGAAGCAGGAUCCAUUUGAAUCCAGGCGAUUGUGGAAAAAUGUAACAGACUCUUUGAGAGAAUCUGAAAUUGAUAAAGCCACAGAGCAUAAACGUACUUUGGAAGAACGCCAGAGGACCGAAGAAAGGCAUCGGACAGAAACAGGAACACCUUGGAAAACCAAAUAUUUUAUUAAAGAGGGAGAUGGCUGGGUUUACCACAAACCCCUUUGGAAGAUAAUUCCAACAACACAACCAGCAGAGUGACACACACUAACACUUGACUAAAUGAACUUCUUCUCUGUUUGCCCUAAACCUCCCAGAAUGGAGUCAUUGCACUGAGUGACCUGCUUCCUGACUGCACUGACUAAAACUAGGUAAACAUGAAUGUACCUGUUAGGCCACUGUAGAACUACAGCAAGACCAAAGUGUUGAAGAAGCGCAAUGGACGUCUUACCAAAAUGUUUAUGUGAUGUGAGCAAUAUCAUCAUAAGACCGUUUACCUGAAUUCUAAGAUGAUUAAUCUCUUAUCUGUUGUUGCAACACUUAUCCAGUUGCAGGUCCUAAGGCUAAGUUCAAAUCCCCAAUUUCUGAUGGGGGCAGCGGGUGUACAACAGUGAGAACUCAAUGAUUUUGAUUUCUUUAUCGUGAAAAGUGAAGUCUCUUUCAGAGUUUGUGCUUUGCUUUCUGUCAGUAACUAAAGUAUUCACUACUCUUAAAAACAUAACAAGAGGAGGAAGAUGACCCAGAAGUGGAUUCAGCCAUUGUGCCUGAAAUCAGUGUUAAAAAUUCAACCAGGUUGUAGUAACAAGGCAUUCUGCUUCUUCAAAAAGAUUGUGUGCCUGUGUCUGAGGAACUUACCCAUUUUCCACCUCUGCUGGAACUCUUUUAAAAUAUGUAUUUAUAAAUUAAAUUAGAAUUGUAACCAUGGAGACUUUUCUUCUAAGCAUUUUAAUAUACUUGAAAACAUUGACUUGAAAAAUUUCAGAACAUUUUUCAAUACCUAGUUUUAUUAAAUACUAUUCUUGGGAGACAAUUUUUUUAAUGUGUUCAUGUCAACAUGAUGAAAUUUUGGCCUUUCACAAGAACUGAGGCAUUAAAGUACACAGCAAAUAUUAAAAAAAAAUAAAACUUACUUUUUCCUUACUUUUUUUCACAUGUAGGUUGAUAUCCAGUAUUAUAUGCUAUCCCUCUGGAUAAGUAUGCUUUAUCUUAGCACUGUUCAAAAUUUAAAGCAACUGUUCUUAUUUGUUAGUAAUUCAGAAGUUAUAUACAUGACUGAACACACAUAAGGUAUGGUUUUAUUUUCAAGAAAACUCAAAUGCUGAAGAAAGUACAAAAUAAAUAGAUCAGGAGGUUGUAUUUAGGUACUAAUCUUUUUUAGAAUAGGUAUUUUACUGAGGUUGAAGAAUUGCUGGCAAUUAAAAGAAUAGUGCUAAUUAUGGCUUUCAUCAUUCAACAAGUAUUUAUUGAGCACCUAGUUAUGGUGCUCAACACUUGUUACUGCAAGCUACCUUAAUUUUCCAAGAGUGGUGCCUUACUCUGUUUCUUCUGAUGUGGUCUUCCAAUCAUUGCAUGUAACAUACCUGUUAUUCAUCAGCCAUUGCAGAUAGCUGUAUCAUCAUUAGGAGUUUAAACUUUGUGCACUGAUAAACUAUGUUCUAUUGAAGGAGUUAAUAGGAUGAAAACAGCAAAAAAAAAUUUUUUUCAACAAAUUGUAAAUUACAAGAAAAUAGUUGGUUUCCUUUGUUCAUUUUUGCUGUUAUAUGCACUGAAAAAAAAUCUCAAAAUGAGUUAUAAUUCAUGUGUUGGGAAGAUUGAAAAAAAUAAAACUAGAGAACAAUGA